AUGUGGGCAAUCUCUAGAUCUUCUCGCGAAGUCUAGAGAUUAAUGAAGUGGGUCGUCGAAUUGUCUCCGGCGGCUGUCACCCGGUGGAGUGGAAAAACGACGACUUUGCGGCUCUCCGGCGGCUGUCACCCGACGGAGAGGAGCUGGAUGGAGAUGGGGCGCGUGUUAGGGAGCUUCAUCCUCAAGUCCGCGCAACAAGAGGAGGCUCUUCAUCGCAUCUGGUAUGCUCUCAGGAGGUGGCGACUGGUCUCCUAGUGGAUCAUCCUCUUCUCGACGACGGCUUGUUCAUCGAUCAAUCGGUGAUGAUUUACUCGAUGGAUUCACGAUCCUUUUAUCGCGAAUCGUUCAGCAAUUUUAGUAGCAAUGCUCCGCAAAUCGCGUUGACAAGAUUUUCGUCGAUGAUCCAGCGAUUCUCAUUGCUUAAUCUUUCACUGGCGAUCUGCAGGAAAGUCGCGAUAAUCAAAUAAAAAUAUAUGAAUUUUGACUCUGGAAGGAUUCGAACCCGCGUCGGUCACCCGCCUCUUCUGAGGAAGGUGUGGCGGGGGUUUAGUCCCACAUCGGUUGUACACCGAUUUUUCGGGCGAAUAUAUAGUAAUGUUAGCUUUGUGAGCAAAGUCCCUUCUCUCGCGUGUAUGACCACUCCUUGCCCCACAGCCAGCUGGCCACCGGUGACGUGGAAGGGGAGUGGUGUACGCGUGCCAGUCGGUCCCCAAGCCAAGCCGCUUGAGCCCCUGCUCGCGGUUUACUCCCUGACUGCGCUUCCGACCCGCUUGCGGGCACGGCUGGCCGACAGGUCCCCCCAUUUUUGCAAUAUUUUUAUUUUUAUUUCUUGUUCUUCAUUUAUCUCAAAAGUAAGACUGUAAAAAUUGUAUAAAAUCACAUAAUUACCCAAAAAUUCACGUUAAUCAAUUGAAAACCAAAAAUCAUUCUUUAACACAAAUAUAAGUCUAUUUAUCAUGAGUUAAGGCUAAAACUAUAUUAUUUACUAAUUAUUAACUCAUGAUAAUGAAGACUUAUCAAUAUGCUUUCAAGAGGUGGUGACUCGUCUCCUAGUGGAUUGUCCUCCUCCUGAUGACAGCUUAUUUGUUGAUCAAUUAGAGAUGCUUUACUCGAUGCAUUCACAAUCCUUUUAUCCCAAAUCAUUCAGUAAUUUUAGUAAUAAUACCAUGCGAAUCGUAUUGAUGAGAUUUUCACCAAUGAUCCAAUGAUUCUGGUUACUUAAUUAUUCACCAGCGAUCUGUAAGAAAGUUACGAUAAUCAAAUAAACAUAUUGAGUUUUGGCUCUGAGAGGAUUCGAACCUGCGCCAGUUGCCCACCCCAUUCAAGGGAAGGUGUGACGUGGGUUUAGUCUCACAUUGCUUGUGCACCAAAGUUUUGAAUGAAUAUAUAGUAAUGUUAUAUUUGAAAGCAAAGUCUCUUCUCUUGCAUGUACGACCACUCCUUGCCUCACAGCUGGCUAGCCACUGGUGACGUGGAAGGGGAAUGGCACACACGUGCCCCUAUCGAUUCCAAGCUGCUCGAGCCCUUGCUCACGGCUACUCCCAGACUGAGCUUCCGACCCACUUGUAGGCCUGGCUAGUCAGUAGGUGAUAAGUCUUCAUUAUCAUGAGUUAAUAAUUAAGUAAAUAAUAUAGUUUUAGCCUUAACUUAUGAUAAAUAGACUUAUAUUUGUGUUAAAGUGUGAAAAUUGGUUUUUAGUUUAUUAAUAUGAAUUUUUGGGUAAUUAUGUGAUUUUAUAUGAUUUUUACAGUCUUACUUUUGAGAUAAAUGAAGUAAAAGAAAUUAAAAUAAAAAUAUAGCAAAAUGGGGGGACCUGCUGGCCAGCCGGGCCCGCAAGCAAGUCGGAAGUGCAGUCGAGGAGUAGCCACAAGCAAGGGCUUGAGCGGUGUGACCGAUUGGGACACAUAUGUGCCACUCCCCUUCCACGUCAUUGGUGGCCAACUGGCUAUGGGACAAGGAAUGGUCGUACACGCGAGAGAAGGAACUUUGCUUAGAAAUGUAACAUUAUUAUAUAUUCGCCCGAAAAAUCAGCACACAACCAAUGUGGGACUAAACCCGCAUCACACCUUCCUCAGAAGCGGCGGACAACCGGCACAAGUUUGAAUCCUCCUAGAGUCAAAAGUCAUAUAUUUUUAUCUGAUUAUCGCGACUUUCUUGCAGAUCGCUAGUGAAAGAUUAAGCAAAGAGAAUUGUUGGAUCAUCGGUGAGUCUUGUCAACGUGAUUUGCAGAGUAUUGCUACUAAAAUUGUUGAAUGAUUUGUGAUAAAAGAAUCGCGAAUCCAUUGAGUAAAUAAUCUCCGAUUGAUCGAUGAACAAGCCGUUGUCGAGAAGAAGACGAUCUGCUGGGAGAUGAGUCGCCACCUCCUGAGAGCGUACCAGAUGCGAUGAAGAGCCUCCUUGAUAAGUCUUCAUUAUCAUGAGUUAAUAAUUAGUAAAUAAUAUAUUUUUAGCCUUAACUCAUGAUAAAUAGACUUAUAUUUGUGUUAAAGCAUGAAAAGUGGUUUUCAAUUGAUUAACGUGAAUUUUUGGGUAAUUAUGUGAUUUUAUAUGAUUUUUACAGUCUUAGUUUUGAGAUAAAACGAAGAACAAGAAAUAAAAAUAAAAAUAUUGCAAAAUGAGGGGAUCCGCCGGCCAGCCGGGCCCGCAAGCGGGUCGGAAGCGCAGUCGGGGAGUAUCCGCGAGCAGGGGCUCGAGCAGCUUGCUUGGAUCGAUAGGGGCACGUGUGCGCCACUCCCCUUCCACGUCACCGGUGGUCAGCCGGCUGUGGGGCAAGGAGUGGUCGUACACGCGAGAGGACUUUGCCUAGAAAGCUAACUUUACUAUAUAUUUGCCCGAAUAAUCCGCGUACAACCGAUGUGGGACUAAACCUUCAGGGGCGGGCGACCGCCACAGGUUCGAAUCCUCCCAAAGUCAAAAUUCAUAUAUUUUUAACUGAUUAUCGCGACUUUCCUGCACAUCGCCAGUGAAGGAUUAAGUAACCGGAAUCGCUGGAUCAUCGGCGAAAAUCUCGUCAACGCGAUUCGCGGAGCAUUGCUACUAAAAUUUCUGAACGAUUCGCGAUAAAAGGAUCGCAAUCCAUCGAGUAAAUCAUCUCCGAUUGAUCGACGAACAAGCCGUCGUCGGGAAGAGGACGAUCCGCCGGGAGACCAGUCGCCACCUCUUGAGAGCGUACCAGAUGCGAUGAAGAGCCUCCUCUUGCUGCGCGGACCUGAGGAUGAAGCUCCCUAACAUGCGCCUCACCUCCAUCCAGCCCCUCUCCGUCGGGUGACAGCCGCCGGAGAGCCGCAAAGUCGCCAUUUUUUCGCUCCGCCGGGUGACAGCCGCCGGAGACGAUUCGACGACCCACUUCAUUGGUCUCUAGACUUCGCGAGAAGAUCUAGAGAUUGCCCACGUCGUCUUUGUCCAAGGAGAGCCUUCGAGGCCGUGGACACUGCACGACGACCCUCCCGAACGCUCAGGAUUCCGGUGCAUCGCCGACGCGUCGCCGUCGCGACGCCGGAACUCUGUUUUCCUGCUUUAUCUAGAGAUUGCCCACGUCGUCUUUGUCCAAGGAGAGCCUUCGAGGUCGUGGACACUGCACGACGAUCCUCCCGAACGCUCAGGAUUCCGGUGCAUCGCCGACGCAUCGCCGUCGCGACGUCGGAACUCUGUUUUCCUGCUUUCAAUUUAAUUUACGCUUCAUUUAGUGAUACUUUGUUGAUUUUUAUUUACCAAACUAUACUUCGUUCAACUACGAUUCUUCCGGCUUUUACAGAUCUUAAUUUGAUUAAUUGAGUCGUCUAUAAUCGCCUACGUAAGAAUCGCCGGGCGGAACUCUGUUUCCGCCUGAUUCGCGUUCGCCGGGCGCUGACGUCAUCCUGACGUCCGCACCCUUAUUUCCUUUUCUUUUUGUGAAUUUUAAAUAUAUUUCCUUUUUAUUUCCUAGUAUAAAAUUCGUAAGAAAAUCGUACUCAUUGAGAAAAAUUCUGAAUAAUUACCAGAUAUUAUAUUACAUCCCUGUGAUCGACUUGGAAAAUUACCACUAUUUUUGGGAUUUGUAUUGAAUUAUAAUUGAUAUAUUUAUUUUGAAAUACUUCUAAAUAUCUGAAAAUUCGUAUUUUCUAGUUUUAUAAAUUUUAAAUUUGCGUGAUUUAAUAUACAACGACUGAGUCACGUCACUCCUCUUGCUGCGAAGACCUGAGGAUGAAGCUCCCUGACAUGCACCCCACCUCCAUCCAACUCCUCUCUGUCGGGUGACAGUCGCCGAAGAGCCACAAAGUUGCCAUUUUUCCACUCUGUCAGGUGACAGCCGCCGAAGACGACUCGAUGACCCAUUUCAUUAAUCUCUAGACUAUGCGAGAAGAUCUAGAGAUUACCCACGUCGUCUUUGUCCAAGGAGAGCCUUCAAGGCCAUAGACACUAUAUGACGAUCCUCCCAGACGCUCAGGAUUCUAGUGCAUUGCCGACGCAUCACUGUCACGACACCGAAACUCUAUUUUCUUGCUUUCAAUUUACUUUACACUUCAUUUAGUGAUAAUUUUUAUGUUUUAAUUUACCAAAAGAUACUUCGUUCAAUUACAAUUCUUCAGGCUUUUAUAGAUCUUAAUUUGAUCAAUUAAAUCGUUUGUAAUUGCUUCUGUAAGAAUCGCUGAGCAGAACUUUGUUUUCACCUGAUUCACGUUCGCCAAGCACUAACAUCAUCUUGAUGUCUGCACCCUUACUUCCUUUUUUUGUGAAUUUUAAAUAUAUUUGUUUUCAUUUCCUAGUAUAAAAUUCAUAGAAAAUCAUAUUCAUUGAGAAAAAUUCUGAAUAAUUACCAAAUAUUAUAUUACAUCUCUAUGAUCGACUUGGAAAAUUACCACUAUUUUUGGAAGUUUUAUUGAAUUAUACUAGAUAUAUUUAUUCAAAAAUACUUCUAAAUAUCUGAAAAUUCGUAUUUUCUAGUUUUAUAAAUUUUAGAUUUGUGUGAUUUAAUAUACAACGACUAAGUCAUGUUUGAGGGUCUCCCUUGUUUUUUCUUCUUUUUAUUUUUUAUUUCUUUUUCUUCAUUUACUGCAAAAGUAAAACUAUAAAAAUCAUAUAAAUUCGUGUAAAAUCACAUAAUUACUUAAAAAUUCACAUUAAUCAACUGAAAACCACUUUUCACACUUUAACACAAUCUCGUGACUGACGCUCUACUCACUGAUCGAGCUCCUCUCGUCAAGAAGGGUCAGCUGUAUAACCUGGAAGGUCUCUUCUAUCAUUUCCCUAGUCGCAUUUGUGGGGUCAAUAGUCCUUGUAGUGGGGUCGAGGUGGUUGUGGUGGCGGACGUGGGAGAUCGUCCCUACGAGCAAGGUAGACCAGUGACGUGACUCAGUCGUUGUAUGUUAAAUCACGCAAAUAUAAAAUUUAUAAAACUAGAAAAUACGAAUUUUCAGAUAUUUAGAAGUAUUUCUAAAUAAAUAUAUCAAUUAUAAUUCAAUAAAAAUUCCAAAAAUAGCGGUAAUUUUCCAGGUCGAUCACAGGGAUGUAAUAUGAUAUCUGGUAAUUAUUCAGAAUUUUUCUCAAUGAGUACGAUUUUCUUACAAAUUUUAUACUAGGAAAUAAAAAGGAAAUAUAUUUAAAAUUCACGAAAAAAAAGGAAAUAAGGGUGCGGACGUCAGGAUGAUGUCAGCGCCCGGCGAACGCGAAUCAGGCGGAAACACAGUUCUGCCCGGCGAUUCUUACGUAGGCGAUUACAGACGACUCAAUUAAUCAAAUUAAGAUCUGUAAAAGCCGGAAGAAUCGUAGUUGAACAAAGUAUAGUUUGGUAAAUAAAAAUCAACAAAGUAUCACUAAAUGAAGCGUAAAUUAAAUUGAAAGCAGGAAAACAGAGUUCCGGCGUUGCGACGGCGAUGCGUCGGCGAUGCACCGGAAUCCUAAGCGUUCGGGAGGAUCGUCGUGCAGUGUCCACGGCCUCGAAGGCUCUCCUUGGACAAAGACGACGUGGGCAAUCUCUAGAUCUUCUCGCGAAGUCUAGAGACCAAUGAAGUGGGUCGUCGAAUCGUCUCCGGCGGCUGUCACCCGGCGGAGCGGAAAAACGGCGACUUUGUGGCUCUCCGGCGGCUGUCACCCGACGGAGAGGGGCUGGAUGGAGGUGAGGCGCGUGUUAGGGAGCUUCAUCCUCAGGUCCGCGCAGCAAGAGGAGGCUCUUCAUCGCAUCUGGUACGCUCUCAGGAGGUGGCGACUGGUCUCCCGGCGGAUCGUCCUCUUCCCGACGACGGCUUGUUCGUCGAUCAAUCGGAGAUGAUUUACUCGAUAGAUUGCGAUCCUUUUAUCGCGAAUCGUUCAGAAAUUUUAGUAGCAAUGCUCCGCGAAUCGCGUUGACGAGAUUUUCGCCGAUGAUCCAGCGAUUCCGGUUGCUUAAUCCUUCACCGGCGAUCUGCAGGAAAGUCGCGAUAAUCAGUUAAAAAUAUAUGAAUUUUGACACUGGGAGGAUUCGAACCCGCGGCGGUCGCCCGCCCGUUACAAGGUGGAUUUAGUCCCACAUCGGUUGUGGGCGGAUUAUUCGGGCGAAUAUAGAGUAAAGUUAGCUUUCUAGGCAAAGUCCUCUCGCGUGUACGACCACUCCUUGCCCCACAGCCGGCUGACUACCGGUGACGUGGAAGGGGAGUGGCGCACACGUGCCCCUAUCGAUCCAAGCAAGCCGCUCGAGCCCCUGCUCGCGGCUACUCUCCGACUGCGCUUCCGACCCACUUGCGGGCCCGGCUGGCCGGCGGAUUCCCCCAUUUUGCAAUAUUUUUAUUUUUAUUUCUUGUUCUUCAUUUAUCUCAAAACUAAGACUGUAAAAAUCGUAUAAAAUCACAUAAUUACCCAAAGAUUCACGUUAAUCAACUGAAAACCACUUUUCAUGCUUUAACACAAAUAUAAGUCUAUUUAUCAUGAGUUAAGGCUAAAACUAUAUUAUUUACUGAUUAUUAACUCAUGAUAAUGAAGACUUAUCACACCCCCCAACUUAAAUCAUUGCUAGUCCCUUAGCAAUGGAAUUACGAAAAUAAAAAUUUACAAAUCUCAAACAUCAUAUUUCAAUACAGAAAAGAAAUACAAUUAGAAAUGAUGCACCUUUAAAUACUUUGGAUUCUUAUAUCAAGUAUUUAAGAAUGAUGUCAAGCACUUAAAUGUUUAAACACUCCUUGGAAUAACAAUCUAGACUUCACUUCUUCUAUUCACAUCUUUAUCACUUCUUCACUCAUAGAUGUAUUUACAAGAUGUUCCAAUUAUCAAUACUCAUCCAAGAAUAAUAUUGAUCUUACAUUUCCCUUUUUCUAUGACUUGAUUUUUGAAGUUUGCACUAUAUUUCUUCCUUCUUUUUUUUUUUUUUAUAUAUAUAUAGUGGAUAAGUAGCUUUUCCUGUAGACAAAUUUCGACAAUAAGAAUGAUGUCUCACACCCUCCAUGUGUACUCUUCAUUUUCAGGGCUUUCACUUUAUCCACUUAUUUUUCAGCAAGUGUUUUUCUAUGCACGAUUUUUGACAAUGAGAAUGAUGUCUCACACCCUCCAUGUGUACUCUUCGUUUCUAGAUUUUUCACAUUGCUCUCUUUUUUUUUUUUUUUGAAAUAAGUGAUUUCUCCUCACAAGUCCUAUAGAUCAAGGUGCAAAAAUCUCCAUUAAACUCAAAUGAUCAAUCAAAUUUUCACAUCAAGUAAAUAUUAUCCAUCAAGAUCAUGAAGUGAAAAUCUGUAAAAUCAAAUCCAUGUUAUCUAUCAUGUAUCCAAGGAGUAUUCCAACAUUUCAUGCUACUAGAUCAUUCUUUUGACUCAAUAAUAAUCUUCCUAGUAUCUUUUAGUAUCAAUCAAUCUAAUUGAUUUAAUUUUUCAUGCAUGCAAUAUGAUGUAAGGAAUUUGUAAAUUAGAUAGUUCUGACAAUUCCGUUUUCUGUUUUCAGUUCUAUUUUUAGCAGCAAUAAAUUUGUCAAAAAUAAAUCAAAACUAUCUUCUUUAUAGCUGUAAUUUUGAAUUUCAGUAAUAUAUAUCUAGGGGAUUGAAAUGUGAGAAAAGGGUCUUCUAGAAUUUCAAAUUUCGGGCUGUUUUUUGUCUGCUGUUUUUGACAGUCUGUUGUUUCUGACAGAAAACCAGAAAAUAGAUGUUGCAAUUUUUCCGAAUUUUAUUUUAUUUUUAUUUUUUUAGUUGCUGUUCUAAGUUGAAUAAAAUGCAAACACAUAUUCUUAAUCGUCCUACAGCAUAAAUUAAUAAUGAAUACUUCACCCCCCGACUUAAAAAUGACAUUGUCCUCAAUGACACAAAAAAUCGAAACAGAAUAUGCAGAAAAUAUAAUUUUCAAGUGAAGCAUGCAUAUCUGCAAAGUUAAGCAUUAAAAAUAUUUUCAUAAAUGAUGAAGCUCAGAAAGACAUCACCUCAACCUCGUUUUUAAUUUUCCACUUCAUCUUACACUCCUCCUCCUGCACUUUUUCGAAAGAAAAACAAACACAGAAACAAGUACUGCGAAAUUCUAAGAAAAACAGAGAUCAAACAGAAUGAAAUAAAAACCAUGGGUUGCCUCCCAUGCAGCGCUGAAUUUAAUGUCUCCAGCUGGACUCCUUGAUCUUACUCUUGAAUUUCUUUUAAUAAUAAAAUUUCUUUUUCUGCAAGGCGUUCAUGUUCUAUGUAAUGUUUAAGCCGCUGUCCAUUUACCUUAAAGUUAUGAUCACUUUUAGGAUCUUUAAUCAUUACAGCCCCAUGAUCAAAUGUCUCUUCCACCACAUAAGGCCCUUUCCAUUUUGAUUUUAAUUUUCCUGGGAAUAAUUUCAGCCUAGAAUCAUAUAACCACACUUUUUGUCCAACAUCAAAUUUUUUUCUGCUAAUGUAUUUAUCAUGAAAAGUUUUAGUUUUUUCUUUAUAUAUUCUAUGAUUUUCAUAAGCUUCAUUCCUCAACUCCUCUAGUUCAUGUAACUGAAAAAUUCUAUGCCCACCAGCUGAUUUUUCAUCCAUACAUAAAUUUUUUAUAGCCCAUAAUGCUUUAUGCUCUAUUUCCACAGGAAGAUGACAUGGCUUUCCAAAAAUGAGACGAAAUGGGGACAUACCUAUGGGAUUUUUAUAAGCUGUUCUAUAAGCCCAUAAUGCAUCUUGUAAUUUCGUGGGCCAAUCUUUCCUAUCUGGUCUAACUAUUUUUCUCAAAAUUCUCUGAAUUUCCCUAUUUGCUACUUCAGCUUGCCCAUUUGUUUGGGGAUGAUAUGGAGUGGCUACUCUAUGGUGUACUCCAUUCUUUUUCAACAGUUCUCUGAAAUUUUUAUUUGUAAAAUGUGUUCCUCCAUCACUAAUAAUCACUCUAGGACAUCCAAAUCUCGAAAAAAUAUUUUCCUGCACAAAUUUCAUUACGAUUUUAUGAUCAUUAGUUCUAGUAGGAAUAGCUUCCACCCACUUCGACACAUAAUCAACAGCAAGCAAAAUAUAUUCAUAUUUUUCAGCUGAUGGGAAGGGACCCAUGAAAUCUAUUCCCCAUACAUCAAAAAUUUCGACUACUAACAUAUUACUCAUGGGCAUUUCAUCUUUUUUACUCAUGUUACUUAUAGAUUGGCAUGAAAUACAUAUUCUACUAAAUUCUAUAGAAUCUCUAAUGAUUGUAGGCCAAUAAAAACCACACUGGAAAAUUUUUGCAGCUGUUUUUCGUCCAGAGAAAUGUCCUCCACAGUUAGAUGAAUGACACAUGUUAAUAAUGCUAUGAUAUUCUUCUUCAGGAACACAUCUCCUUAAAAUUUGAUCAUUGCCCAAGUAAUAUAAAUCAGGAUCAUGCCAAAAAUAAUUUCUAAUCUUAGAAAAGAAAUGAUUUUUUCUGUUCUUAUCCCACUGUUCUGGAGUUUUUCCAGAAACCAGAAAAUUAACAAUAUGUGCAUACCAUGGUGAUGGUUGAUGUUGAGCUGCCAUCAAUUGUUCAUCUGGAAAUGCGUCUUGUAAAGGUGCUGCAUUUAUUCCUGUAUCACUUAAUCUAGAAAGAUGGUCAGCAACAACAUUCUCGAAACCCUUUUUAUCUUUUAUUUCUAAGUCAAAUUCUUGCAACAAUAAAAUCCAUCUUAAUAAACGUGGCUUUGCAUCUUUCUUAUUUAACAGAUAUUUUAAUGCUGCAUGAUCAGUAUAAAUAAUAAUUUUAGCUCCCAAAAUAUAUGAUCUAAACCUUUCUAACGAAAAUACUACAGCUAACAAUUCUUUUUCAGUCGUGGUAUAAUUUAAUUGAGCAUCAGAUAUAGUUUUACUAGCAUAUGAAAUUACUAUGGGUUUUGACUCUUUUGUUUGUCCUAGAACGGCCCCCACUGCAUAAUUCGAUGCGUCACACAUUAUUUCAAAGGGAAGGGACCAAUCAGGAGCUUGUAAAAUGGGUGCCUCAGUAAGUAAUCUUUUUAUUUUGGAAAAAGACUCAAAACAUUUCUCAUCAAAAUUAAAAGGCACAUCUUUAGAUAAUAGCAUGGUGAGAGGUUUAGAAAUUUUCGAAAAAUCUUGAAUAAAUUUUCUGUAAUAACCUGCAUGACCCAAGAAAGAUCUAAUCUGUUUUACUGAAUUCGGAGGUUUCAUUUUAGAUAUAAUAUCGAUUUUUGCUCUAUCCACCUCUAAACCCUUUUCACUCACAAUAUGACCCAACACAACUCCCUCUUUAACCAUAAAAUGUGAUUUCUCCCAACUCAAAACUAAUUUUUUCUCUAUGCAUUUCUCAAGUACAUGCUGUAAAUGAUUUAAGCAUUCAUCAAAUGAUUCACCAAAAAUAGAAAAAUCGUCCAUAAAAAUUUCCAUGCAUUUUCCAAUCAUAUCAGAAAAAAUAGACAGCAUACAUCUUUGAAAUGUGGUUGGAGCAUUACACAGACCAAAAGGCAUGCGUUUAAAAGCAAAAGUACCAAAUGGACAAGUGAAAGUUGUUUUUUCUUGAUCUAAAGGGUUUAUAUAAAUUUGAUUAUAAUCAGAGUAUCCAUCCAGAAAACAAAAAAAGUUUUUUCCAGCUAAUUUUUCUAAAAUUUGAUCAGUAAAUGGUAGGGGAAAAUGAUCUUUUCUAGUAACUGAAUUUAAUUUUCUAUAAUCAAUGCAAACUCUCCAACCGGUAGUUAGUCUUGUUUGUAUUUCCUCCCCAUUUUCGUUUUUUAUAACCGUGAUCCCUGAUUUUUUUGGCACUACUUGUGUAGGACUAACCCAUUUGCUAUCUGAAAUAGGGUAAAUAAUAUCAGCAGCCAGCCACUUUAAAAUUUCUUUUUUUACAAUUUCCAUCAUGUUAGGAUUUAAUCUUCGUUGUGGUUCCCUGCUAGUUCUAGCCCCCUCCUCUAAAUAUAUACUAUGCAUGCAUACUCUCAUAUCAAUGCCCCUUAGAUCGUCCAUUUUCCAGCCCAUAGCCUUCUUAUUUUUUCGAAGUACAUCUAAUAAUUCUUCUUCCUGUUCAUUACUCAAAUCAGCUGCAAUAAUAACAGGAAAUGAAUUAUUUUCCUCCAAAAACAUAUAUUUUAAACUAGAGGGGAGAGGUUUCAACUCUAAAUUCAGAUGAUCUUCCUCUUUCUUUUCUUCUAAAUUUAUAUUCUCUAUUUCCUCUAAUUCUUCCAGCACACAGUCAUCAAUAACAUCUGGAUCAUCAAAAUCAUCUAGAAGAUCUAUGGUAUGACAAUCAUAUACUUGGGAUUUCUUAAGAUCAUUUGAUACCUCAAAAAUUUUAAUUUCUACUGAUUGAUCUCCACAUGAAAUUUUCGCAAUACCUGUGGGCAAAUCAAUAUUCAUCUUUGCUGUAUGCAAAAAUGGUCUCCCUAGGAUGAUUGGUGUAUCAUAAAACUGUCCAUUAAAAUCCAUUUCCAGCACUACAAAAUCAGCUGGAAAUUUACACCCUUUAACUGUCACUAUCACAUUUUCUAAGAUACCUUUAGGAUGUUUUAUGGAUCUAUCAGCAAAUUGUAAGGUAACAGUAGAAGGUUUAAGAUCAGAAAUAUUAAAUUUAUCACAAAUACUUGCAGGUAAUAAAUUAAUACUAGCACCGGUGUCAAGUAAUGCAUUCUGAAAAAUGAAUCCACCAAUAUCACACGAAAUUAAAAGAGCACCUGUAUCUCUCAAUUUAAAUGGUAAUUGAUUUAAUAAUAACGCACUAGCAUGCAUAGAUAAUUUUUCUACUCUAGGUGCCCUUUUUGGUGUACACAUUUCUUUCAAAACUCUAGCAUAUUCAGGAAUAUGUUCAAUGGCAGUGAGUAAAGGAAGACUAAUUUGCACAUCUUGUAAAAUUUUCUUUAUUUCUUCAUUGUGUUCCUUUUUCUUUCUUUGUCUAGGCUCUAGAGCUUUAGGAAAUGGAAUGGUUGUCCUCUCUUUCGAAAUUUCUUUGGUAGAAUCUAUAAAAUCCUCUUCUACUCCUAUUUGAUUUUGUUUUGGGGUGUCCACAUUUUCUUUUUCUUCUAAUGUUUGGGGAUAAGGAUCAGGUAAGAUCUUACCACUCCUUAAUGCAUUCACUGUCCUAACAUUUUCAUUUCGUGGGUUUUUUCCUAGAUUCAUGCUACUAGACUCCCCAUGCUGAAAUCCUAUUGUUGGGCGGUUCCCUGGAUUUUCUAUGGACUGACUAGGUAGCUGUCCCUCUUCUCUCUUAUUCCCAAGGGCCUCUAUAAUUUGUUUCUGGUGCUGCAUCAUUUGAUUCAUAGUUUGUUGCAUCAUUUGAUUCAUAGUUUGUUGCAUCAUUUGGCUCAUUUGCUGCAUCAUUUCCAUAGCAUCAGGUUGGGUUUGAGAGGGCUGAUUUUUCUGAAAUCUAUUUUCUUGUUUUGGACGAAAUUCAGAGUUUGAAUUGGGUCUAAGUGCUUCUGGAUUUUGAAUAUUAUUUGGGUCUCUCCAUGAAAAAUUAUUCCUCCAAUUAGGAUUAUAAGAAUUUGAAAAAUUUUCCCUAUUUCUAUUAAAACUGUGAGCUACUUGCACUUGUUCUCGCAUAGGGUGAAAUGAUUGAUCUAAAUUAUAACAUUGAAGUUCAGAAUAAUCAUUUUCACCAUACAUAGGACAUGUACUAUUCGAAUUAAGUUGAGGGUUAAAAGGCUUUCUAAUAUUAUCAAUAAGUAAAUCAAUUUUUUCUAAUCUUUGAUUAAUCUGAUUAACCUCAUUUCUAAGUUUAGAAUCAUCAUCAUGAUGCAAUUCAUAAAUUUCUCUCUUCAUUUCCUUGUCAUAUAAUUCAAAAGAGGCUUGAUCUCUAGAAUUUUCACUUAAAUUCUCAUAAAGAUUGUAAAUCUCAUCAGGAGUUUUCUCCAUAAAAGCUCCUCCACAUAUAGAAUCAACCAUAUUUCUAUGUUGUUCUAAUAAUCCAUCAUAAAAAAUUCUAUUGAGCUGCCACUUGGGUAUAGCAUGAUGAGGACACUUUCUAAGUAAAUCUUUGAAUUUUUCCCAUGUCUCAUGCAAAGUUUCUCCUGGUCUUUGAGAAAAACUCCAUAUAUGUUUUCUCAUAUUUUGAGUUUUUCCUAAGGGAUAAAAUUUUCGAAGAAAGGCCUGUUCUAUAUCUUUCCAGCUAGUUAAUUCUCUAUCUAAUGUGGAUAGCCAAUGACUAGCUUUGUCCCUAAGUGUAUGAGGGAAUAAUUUCAUCUUAAUAAUUUCUGGUGUAACUUGAGGGAGAUUAACUAAAUCACAGACCAUAUGAAAUUUUUCUAAGUGCUGAUGAGGUUCCUCUAAAGGCAAUCCAUGAAAAUUAGGGAGCAUUUGAAAAAUUCCUGGAUUUAUUUCGAAUUUAACAGUGGGUGCUAAUGGGACUCUAAUAUUGGAUGCUCUUUGAAAUGAAUCAGGGAUAUAAUGAUUUUUCAUGGCCAUAGGAUUGUUCUCAGUUUGACCUGUACUUCCUUCAGGAUCCAUCAAAAUUAAUUUUUCUUUUGGAUUUUUAUUUUUGAAUGAAAUAAUGAAAGGAUUUUCUAGCCUUGGAUGCAAGGAUCUUCUACCAUGCAUAAAAAUCAAUAAAUUCGAGGGAAAAAGUUAGUAACUGUUACCCUCCUUCAGGAUGCUCCAGUCCUUGCCGUGCUUCUUUUCGUUCCCUUUUUCUAAUAAAAAUCGGCAAAAAGAAAAUAAAACAAGAGUAAAGUUUUUUUUUUUGUGUACUCUAAGAGAAAAACAGAAAAAUACUAAAUAUUAUUCAAUACAUCCCCGGCAACGGCGCCAAAAUUUGACGUGACUCAGUCGUUGUAUGUUAAAUCACGCAAAUAUAAAAUUUAUAAAACUAGAAAAUACGAAUUUUCGGAUAUUUAGAAGUAUUUCUAAAUAAAUAUAUCAAUUAUAAUUCAAUAAAACUUCCAAAAAUGGCAGUAAUUUUCCAGGUCGAUCACAGGGAUGUAAUAUAAUAUCUGGUAAUUAUUCAGAAUUUUUCUCAAUGAAUACGAUUUUCUAUGAAUUUUAUACUAGGAAAUAAAAAGGAAAUAUAUUUAAAAUUCACGAAAAAAAAGGGAAAUAAGGACGCGGACGUCAAGAUGACGUCAGCGCCCGACCAACACGAAUCAGGCGGAAAUAGAGUUCCACCCGGCGAUUCUUGCGUAAGCGAUUAUAGAUGAUUUAAUUAAUCAAAUUAAGAUCUGUAUAAGCCGGAAGAAUCGUAAUUGAACAAAGUAUACUUUGGUAACUUAAAAACACAAAAAUUAUCACUAAAUGAAGCGUAAAGUAAAUUAAAAGCAGGAAAACAGAGUUUUGGCGUCGCGACGGCGAUGCGUCGGCGAUGCACCGGAAUCCUGAGUGUUCGGGAGGAUCGUCGUGUAGUGUCCACGGCCUCGAAGGCUCUCCUUGGACAAAGACGACGUGGGCAAUCUCUAGAUCUUCUCGCGAAGUCUAGAGAUCAAUGAAGUGGGUCGUCGAAUCGUCUCCGGCGGCUGUCACCUGGCGGAGCGGAAAAACGGCGACUUUGCGGCUCUCCGGCGGCUGUCACCCGAUGGAGAGGAGCUGGAUGGAGGUGAGGCACGUGUUAGGGAGCUUCAUCCUCAGGUCCGCGCAGCAAGAGGAGGCUCUUCAUCGCAUCUGGUACGCUCUCAGGAGGUGGCGACUGGUCUCCCGGCAGAUCGUCCUCUUCUCGACGACGGCUUGUUCGUUGAUCAAUCGGAGAUGAUUUACUCGAUGGAUUGCGAUCCUUUUAUCGCGAAUCGUUCAGAAAUUUUAGUAGCAAUGCUCCGCGAAUCGCGUUGA